GCCCGCAGUUGCUGGAACCAGCUCCGCUGGGUUGCGACGGACAGACAGACGGACCAGGACAAGCGAGGAGAGGCCGGUCAGAGCCCCCAGCCCUGCAGUGCCCCCCCCAGUCUCCCACCCACCACAUCACCCUCUCUGGAGGAGCAUCCUGGACCCCCUCAGCACCCCGAGCACUGCGCCUGGAGGAGGGAGCUGCACCCAUGCCUUGCUGCACGAAACCCCCCUGCGGCCCCGCCAUGAAGGAGGAGGCCUUCCUGCGACGCCGCUUCUCCCUGUGUCCUCCCUCCGUCACCCCGCAGAAGGGAGAGCCCCGAAAAGUCGCCCGCAACCUGAUCCUCGGAGGAGAAACUGAGCUCGGGCCUCUGAGCACAGGGAAGGACAUGGAGCCCAACGGCCUGUCGCUGCUUAAGGAUGACGGACCCCCAACGUCAGGCUCNGCCACCAAGCUGCCUGACGCCAGGCUGUACAACGGUUCUGACAAGGAAGGCAUGUCCUCCGCCACCAAGGUCACCAAGAAAGAGACUCUCAAGGCACAGAAGAAAAACUACCGACAGGAGAAGAAACGGGCCUCCAGGGAGCUUCUCAGCGCCCUCACCGACCCCCGGGUGGUUAUCAUGGCUGACAACCUGAAGGUGCGGGGGACCCUCAAGAGCUGGACCAAGCUGUGGUGCGUGCUCAAGCCCGGGGUGCUGCUCAUCUACAAGAGCCCCAAGGUGGGCCAGUGGGUGGGCACCGUGCUGCUGCACUGCUGCGAGCUGCUCGAGCGGCCCUCCAAGAAGGACGGCUUCUGCUUCAAGCUCUUCCACCCGCUCGACCAGUCCGUGUGGGCCGUCAAGGGCCCCAAAGGCGAGAGUGUGGGCUCCAUCACACAGCCACUCCCCAGCAGUUACCUCAUCUUCCGGGCCGCCUCCGAGUCAGAUGGCCGCUGCUGGCUGGAUGCCCUGGAGCUGGCCCUGCGCUGUUCCAGCCUUCUGCGACUCAGCACUGGCAGGCAGGGCCGAGAUAGCCGAGAGGGGGACCCGGGGUCCUCGCCCGACGCCUCCCCGUCCUCCCUCUGCGGUCUGCUCUCCUCCACCUCCGUCCCCACCGACCAGGACUUAUUCGCGCUCAAUGGCUCCUCCCUGGACCACGAUGCCUUUUCUGACAAGUCAGAACGAGAGAAUGUGGAAGACUCGGACCCAGAUGCAGAGACCCAGGAGGGCCGCUGCCCGCAGGCCCAUGGGGAGAGCAAGCCGCCGGACACCCAGGAACACCCAGCAUGCAUGGGAACCACAUACGUAGAGCAGACUGAGGAACUUGAGGAGCUGGACAACAAGGACCACGAGGAGCCCGUGUGGGAGGAGGGCCGGAGCCUGGUGUGGGCAUUGCUUCGCCAGCUCCGGCCUGGCAUGGACCUGUCCCACGUGCUCUUCCCCACCUCCGUGCUCGAACCCCGCUCCUUCCUGUGCAAGCUCGCCGACCACUACCACCACGCUGACCUGCUGUCCCGGGCAGCUCAAGAGGAGAUGCCCUACAGCCGUUUCAAGCACGUGUUGCGAUGGUACCUGUCUGGUUUCUACAAGAAGCCCAAGGGGAUCAAGAAACCCUACAACCCCAUCCUGGGGGAGACCUUCCGUUGCUGCUGGUUUCACCCCCAAACCAACAGCCACACCUUCUACAUUGCAGAACAGGUGUCCCACCACCCACCCGUGUCCGCCUUCCACGUCAGUAACCGCAAGGACGGCUUCUGCCUCAGCGGCAGCGUCACAGCCAGAUCCCGGUUCUAUGGGAACUCACUGUCGGCCGUGCUGGAUGGACAGGCCCGGCUGCAGCUCCUGCGACAGGCCGAGGAGUACACGCUCACCAUGCCCUACGCCCACUGCAGAGGUGAGCGCCCGCCUGACCGCCUGCUGGGGCCCCCACAUCCGCUCUCGGGGGGCUUCUGGUUUUUGUGUCACGAUUUCCUGUCACGGUGGACAAUAGAUUUCUCUGUGGCUUUUGCAGCCAUGCCCCAGACUGAGAGAGCAAAGAAGACAGGGGGCCUCUUCCUGGCCUGA